AUGAGUACGUGUUGUUGGUGUACCCCUGGUGGUCAAGAUGCCAUCCGGCUGCUACAAAGUUAUGCUUCUAAGGCUUUGUCCCCCAAUGAACUUGCUGCCGCCAAUGAUGACCUCUGCUACUGCGUGGAGUGUGUGGAUGAGUACCACAAAGCAAGGGAUAAGUUACCAUCACUGCAAACGGUCCUGUGGCAACUGGAAACUACACGCCUUAUCGACCACUUAGAGAAAACCAUGCACAAGACAAAUGAACCUCCUGAUUUAUAUAUUGUGGAAGGAGACAAAGAAACACCAUGCUAUGGUUAUACCAGUUCUGACUUGGAGAGAGACCUCAGUAUUCCUUUGCUUGAAAUACUGAAAUACCCAUACCUGCUGCUUAAUGAGCGUCUCAGUGACUUGUGCGUUGAAGCUCUUUUUGAAGUGGAGAAAAUCAACUACAGCUAUGAGGUUACUGGCAAACACCCAGGGAUUUAUCUGCUUGUGGUUCACCCCAAUGAACAUAUCCGUCGGUGGGCCAUCCAAACAGCCACGAAUCUGGGGGAAGUGGACAGGGAUGACUACUAUGACAUACAGGAAGUGUUCACUUGCUUGCUCAAAGUGAUUGAGCUGGGCUUGUUUGAAAAUCCCAGUAUUUAUAAUUCUGUGGUGGUAGAGGAAGGAAAACUCGUCCUAUUGCCCCGCCAUCUCUAUGAUACCAGCAACUACAAAAGCUACUGGCUCGGCAUCUGCAUGUUGCUUACGGUAUUGGAAGAACAAGCUAUGGAUUCAUUAUUACUUGGCCCAGAAAAGCAGAAUGACUUCAUGCAAUCCAUACUGUCCACAAUGGAUAAACACACAGAUGACGAAAAACAGGAUCCUUUCUGGCCAGCGCUGCAGUGUUUCAUGGUGAUUUUGAAUCGGCUCGGGGCCAAAGUGUGGGGUCAGCUGAUGGACCCAAUCCAGGCAUUUCAAACCAUUAUCAACAGUUCAAGUUACAAGAAUAAAAUCAGUCGCAUUCGCCAAAGUUGCAGGAGGACUAAAACUGAGCCAUUCUCUGACUGUGGAAAUGAGAUGAUAACCUCCAGCCAGAUUGUAUAUAACUAUUACACAGAAAAGCCCCAAAAGGAAGCUGGGUGGAAGGCGGCUGUUUGGCCAAAUUACUUCCGCAACUUCCAUGAGGAUACGCAGGCUUUAGCCAGCAUGCUUCAGUCCGACGCCGACCAAGAGGAGCAGUGGCACAGCAGCACGUUUCUGUGGUUCAUCCCUUUUGUUCAUUCCCUCAUGGACCUGAGCGAAGGAAUCCCCUACAUCAUGAAGGUCAUCUGCCACUUGUGUGGCGAAAUCAAUAAGGUCUUCAACGAAGCCGUCCAGUAUUGUGACAAGGUGUCCGAAAGCUUCAUCCUGAUCCUGGUGUCGGUGGUCCAGCUCCAUUUGGCAAAAGGGUGCCUGCACUUGUUGUGGGUCAGCUCGCAGUUCUGGGUGGAUGCCGUGGUGAAGUGCGCCAAGCUUCCGAGCAUGGCGGUUGUGCAUAGCGGCGAGGGGGCUCUCCGGAACUUCCCGAGGGCCGCAGGGGGGGCGGUCUCGUCGCAGGGGCCUUGUUCCGUGCAGCUCAUCUGCAUGAAGCUGAUACGGAGCCUCCUGAAGGAAGCCUACCAGCAAGGGCAGCACAGCAGCUGCAAGGUCUUCCUGGACAAGCUCAAUUUACUUCUGCGCAACAAUGACAUCUCUCAGGGCUGGCAGCUCAGCACCGUUGACACCAAUGAAUUGCAAGGGUGCCUACUGAAGUUCAUUCAAAGUAUCGACGGCAAGAACUUAACUACCGCCUCCCUUGGGGAGAAUGCUGCAGCUUGUAUUUCCCCACCCACUUUUUCAAUAAAGCAAGAAAAAGAAACGGGUGACAGGCGUCCAGCAAACGCAUCUGGCGAGCAGACACCUCAUCCGCCGUUAAGGAGGGAUGACUUCUGCCAGGAAGGCCCGUCCACCGGGAGAGUCUCUAGUUUGGAGGAGGAGUACAGGGAAGUCUCUUGUAGAGACCAAAACCUGCGGAAGACCUCAGGAUGCCCUAUGCCCAAUAUAAAACAAAAGCCAGAAGAGAGAUCAGUACUGGAAGGUGAUAACUUGGCCUGCUCCAAGUUAGCAAGUGGACCCAAGAACGCCCAGAACAAAGGAUACCGUCCCCAAGACCUGGGAAAUGAGAGAAAGAGCGAUUCCUCUUGCAAAAGUUACUUUGAGCAAGGUUUCCAGAGCCUAGGGACCAGUGAUAGCAGUGGAAAAGAGGGAAGGUCUAGAACUUCCAAAUGUUUGCCUGUUCCUGAAAAGGAUCAUGAUGGUAGGAAUGGCAGCAGUGGUUCAGAGGUAAAGAUGGGUCUGGAUAAUCUCGCAAACAUCAAAACCAUUUUGGAGAAAUCCAGCUUUACCUCCAAAUUAAAGCAGCUUAUUGAAAAUAAGAGAGGAACUACCACACCUGAACCAACCGCAGAAAAGCAGCAGUCCCUCAAAGAUGUGAGCAGAGGUCAGGAGGAGCGGUUGAGUGAAAUUAGUGGGGCUGGUUACAGCUUAUCAAAUGCGCGCAAACCAGAGUUGAGCUCAGUUGAUGCUUCCGAAGACAAGCUGCUGUGCCCCCCAAAGAAAUCUGGAAACUGGCCGGCAGAAUUUAGCGGUGUCCCAAAAACAGAGUGUGAUUUGGGAGACAGUAGCAGUGAUGAUGAAAUUCCAUAUUCACAGAUUAGGAAGGAGCUGAAAAAAAGUAAAUUGGCUGCUGUGGCCACACCACUGGCGGAUUCUCAGAUUGACAGAGACCUCAGUAGACUGUCCCUAGAAGCAUAUGCCAAAGGCAUCAAUUUUCCUGUUGAUUCGAGCCAAGAAAGCCCCACACAUGAGCAGAGCUGUAUUCAGAGGAAAGUUGGAGGUGCCGUUAGAUCGUGUUCUGGCAGGCAGAGCAACCAGUCGUCACCAGGCACUGAUGAUCUCUGCAAUCAAAUCAUUGUUAUUUCUGAUUCUUCUUCGGAUGAGGAUAAAAACAAAGGGAAUGUGGUAUGCAAGCAAGAGGGAGAGAAAGUAGGCACAAGUCUUCAAAAGCAAUCCAGCAGUGCGUUUGAAAGUGCCAGAGGCCAAGAGUUCCUUGCUGCCUCCAGUUCCCCUCAGCCAGCUGACGAAUGUGAAUCGCAGUGUUUUGAGUUCGAAACUGAGGAGGAGAUCUACUCAGCCUGGCAGGACAGCCAGAGGGACGAGGAGGUGGCAGACGGCCCGGAGGGACGAGGCCUUCUGAUAAAACCAGGAAGCAGCCGUGCACAAUGUGACUUGGAGAUGGGAAGGCAAGCUAAUGACCAAGAUUAUGAUACCGACUAUCUCGGGGAAGAGGUCACUGAAAAAGCAGCAGAAGCUUUUGAGCAACAGGUAAACUCAAAGAGGAAAGAUGGUAAAGCUGAAACGCCUGAUGAUCAAGCAGCUGUCAGCAAAGGGAACACGAAGUCUUUCCCAGAGAUACGUGCCGAUGAUGGAGAAUAUUCCAGGCCUGAAAACCGCCCACCAGCAUCAGCUGGUCCUUCAGCACCAAUAUCCGUUGAUGAAAAAUUGAAUAUAAGGCCAGCCAAACGUCCAGCAACAUCCCAGCUGCUUAAAAACACUAAUAAGAGAGCCGAGAAAGGAAAUCUCAAGCUAAAUGCUCACAACAAAAAAUUACCACAGAUCAAAUCUUCCAGGUCCGCCCCUGCUGUGGUCCCGCCAAAGAAAGUUCACGAGUAUCCUCAGCCGACAUUGACUGUGGAAAAACUCGGCUUGAAAAAAGCUCCCCGCCGGGCAGCUGACCUCUCUCAACGCUCGCUAGACUGCCUUGCCGAAUUGCGCAGCCAUGGCAAAACGGCCGGGGAGUUGAGUCUUGCACAGCAAAGAAAGUCGAAAUUAAUUCCACCUCGCAGUCUGGCUGAUAAAAACAGGAAAAUGUUAGCUUGCCAAGAUCUGCAGUUCUACAGACAAUCGAGACCCAACCUAAAAGAGGGAGGUCACCGUGGUCAUGGAAGAAAUCCUGAGACGAAACCCCCCAAAAUAGCCAAAAAGGCAGCUCCAAAGCCAAGUGUUCCACAAGUUGCAAGUGGGGCUGCUGAUGAAAAUCAGAAAGAGAGAGCUGAGCGCUUAAGUAACUCCUCAGACAGUGAAAGCAAACCGUUGUGCCAGCGUUCACUGGAGAGGGAGGAAGUUCAGUCCACAGCGAUCUCUCCAGCGAACAAGGAAUUUUCAUUGACCGGUCAGUCUACCAAUUUUGAUAUGAAUAUUGAAGAAAUCACAGCAGCUGUCACACCUUUUCUAGGCAAUUUAGGUUCCACUGAAACCGGCGGUACUAAAAUAGACCACGUAGUCUCUUCAUUUUCCUUCUCUGGCCGUUGCGAUAAAGCCGUCUCAAAAGAGACAGAGUCUAAAUUAAACAAGGGCGAGGACGAGGAUAAUGACCUGUUCUUAACACAGAGAACCCCAGAGGAUAUGGAGAUAUGUUCACAAGUGGGAAAUGGCAUAAUUGUGACAGAAAAUGUUCCCGAAAGACCCUUUCAAGGCCAGGCCUUAAAAACAGACACAUGCAAGCACCCUGGGUGUACUGAAAAGGUUAAUAAAGCAGGGGCAUACUGCUUAAAUCAUGCUGCUCUGGACCAUGUCUUUGCCAAGCCUCUUCUGCCCAAACCGUCCACAGCAAAAAUUUUCAGCACCAGUUCUUCAAGGAGCGCUAACCUCACCAAGGACCUGGAGAACAUUCAUAAGCCCUCCCUGGCUGUGAAGAGCAAAUCGGCCUUGAAGAUGGAUGGAAUCAAGCGCCUGUCGUUCGCAAACGUUCUCGGGCCUCGGAAUUCAAACAACCACCCUCAGUUACCAAACAUGCAAAGCAACCAUAGUAUGGAAAUUGCCAAGGCUCAGCGCACCUAUGGAGUUCGUGCUGGGCAAGGGAUGCGUCCGCACUUCCCGCAAGGAAACCACAUUAGCACCCAGAAGAGAGACUACAGCGUUUUCAACAAAGAGGUCCUAAAGUGGAACUAUGACAUGUUUGCAAGAUUCAGCCAGUUUGGGGUGCCGGAAAGCCUCCUUCAGUCAAUCGUGGCCACUGUUCCGGUCAAAUUUCAGGGCUACGAUGACUACUUCGAUACAUUCUUCCCCUUAAUGAUGCUCAAUGCUUUUGAAACGGUGGCCCAAGAGUGGCUGGAGAAUCAGAAAUUGAAACAGACGAAGGAAUUCCUCUUGAAAUUAUUGAGCCUCAGCGCAGACUCAAAUGGAGCAGAUUUUACAGCUGACAUUCAGGAAAGUGAUCUGGAGAGUCAGAUGCAUCCCAGGGAAAGCGACUUGGUCUUCUUAAUGGUGUCCAAAAGGCAAAACCCUUAUAGCGAAGAAAGUGGGACAGAACUAAUGCAUCACGUUGGCCUAGUGACGCAUUUUUCCCAGCCGUCAGUCCGCGAAGCCACAGAGAAGAAAGAACAGCUGGUUGUCUGUCGCUUGUCUAUCCAGACACAAGGCAGUUUGUCCUUCAUCAGUAAGGAAGCGAAAUGUGUGGUGGUGAGCUCCCUGGUGACAACGCAGCGCAGGUUCAAGGCGCUGCUUCUGCUGAGCCGAAGCCCUCUGGCCUCGCCCAUCUACAGCGCAAGUUAUGGCAACUUCUGCCCCAAGGAUUUACAUGUGGAGUCCAUGAAUGCUCAGGUUUCUGACUUAAAGGAAUACAAUGAAGACCAAAAGAGGGCCAUUGAGACCGCUUAUGCCAUGGUGACGAAGCCGUUGCUGCCCCAAAUUUGCCUGAUCCACGGGCCGCCUGGAACAGGGAAGUCGAAAACGAUCAUUGGACUUCUGUACCGCAUCCUGGCUGAGAGACCUGGAAAGGAGAAUCCUGCCCACAGCCUGAAUGCCAAGAUUAAGCGGAACCGAGUGCUGGUUUGCGCACCGUCCAAUGCUGCUGUUGAUGACCUGAUGAAAAAAAUCAUUCUUUUCUUCAAGGAGAAGUGCCAAGACAGAGCAAAUCCUUUAGGAAACUGUGGUGACAUCAACUUGGUGAGGCUGGGGCAAGAAAGGUCUAUCAGCAAAGAGGUCCGAAAAUUCAGCCUGAACGACCAAAUCAAGUACCGGAUGAAUCGAGGGAAGGUUGGCAAUGACCAAGAUCUCCACAAGAGGAAGGAGGAGCUGGACCAACGGUUGGAUAUGCUUUCUCGCCAGCGUGCGAUGGAGAGGAAGACUCAGGAGAUUCAGAGGCAGCAACUAGACGAGGAGAUCUGCAGACUUUCGAAGGAGAGAGAGUGGCUGGCUCGCCAGCUGAAGGAGGUGCGGGGAUGGUCUCAGGAACUGAAAACCAACAUAAUCCUGGAGUCUCAUGUCAUCUGCUGUACGCUUAGCACAAGUGGUGGGGUGCUUCUGGAAUCAGCGUUCCGGAAGAAGUCCUACAACUCGCUCAGCUGCGUCAUUGUGGAUGAGGCAGGGCAGGCUUGUGAGGUUGAAACUCUCAUCCCGCUCAUUCACGGCUGCCGAAAGCUUGUCCUGGUUGGCGAUCCCAAGCAGCUCCCUCCUACUGUGAUCUCUGCGAAAGCUCAGGAUUACAAUUAUGACCAGUCUCUGAUGGGCCGCCUGUGCACUCACCUGGAGGAGCAAGUGCAGCAGAACAUGAUCAAGGACUUCCCGGUCCUGCAGCUGACCACGCAGUAUCGGAUGCACCCGGACAUCUGCCUCUUUCCCUCCAAUUACAUCUAUGGCCGGGCCCUGAAAACCGACAGGAAAACGGAAGAGAAUCGCUGCUCUAAGCAAUGGCCGUUCCAGUCGUAUUUGUUGUUUGAUGUGCGAGAUGGCCAGGAGCAACGGGAGAGUGAUUCCUUUGCAAAUCUCCAGGAAGUCAAGCUGGUGAUUGAAUUAAUGAAGUUGAUUAAGCAAGAAAAGAAGCAACUUGACUUCCGCCACAUUGGAAUCAUCACCCCGUACAACGCACAAAAAAGGAGAAUCCUGAAAGAGCUGGAUAAAACCUUUGGAGAAAACAGAGCCAGCGAAGUGGACACCGUGGAUGGGUUCCAGGGCCGCGAGAAAGACUGCAUCAUCGUGACCUGCGUCCGAGCAAACAGCACCCAAGGCUCCAUCGGGUUUUUAAAAAGCCUCCAGCGCCUGAACGUCACAAUUACGCGAGCCAAGUACAGCCUCUUCAUCCUUGGACAACUGAAAACGCUUGUGGAGAACAAAGACUGGAAUGAGUUGAUUCAAGAUGCUCAAAGACGGGGCACGAUCGUCAAGACCAGCCACGACACCUAUAAAAAAAAUGCCAUGAAAAUCCUGAAGCUCAAGCUGGCACCCCAGAGGUCACGCUCCUUGCCCGGCGUUGCCACGCCCGAGAGGACUCCACCAGUGCCAGCAGGCACAGUCACCAGCGAGCAGAAAGGAGCUUCUUGCCAAAAAGACGGCCAUUCCCGGCAGCUCUCAGCCAGUGUCGGCACUUUGGCAGAAGUAAGCCCUCUGUUCCCAUGCCUCUCUGGCUCUCACGCCGCCCCCAAGAAGCCAUCCCUUCCUCACCCCAUGAAAUCUGCCCAAGAGAGGCCACAAGACCCACGACUGGCUCGGAGGGCCCCAGCAGAGCGGGCCCCCACGGACAACGGGCACUCUGCCCCAGGUGGCUCAGGAGUGGCAUUGCCGCCAUCCCUCGACACUGCUUCGGGGCAAAGACAUUGUAGCAAUAGCAUGCAGGCAGCAGCCUCUAAGACAGAAACGUCUGGGAAACCUGUCACUGCCAAAGAGGCAAAAGGACUGGGCACGGGGGACCAGCGUCACCAGUCGGAGUGGAAGAAGGGCCGGGACUCCCUCUCCAGGAGCAGAAAGGCUUCCGAAGAGGCCCUGGAGAGCUCAAGUCCAGUGGCUGCCAAGAGGCGGAAGACCACCUACUAG